GCGAGUUUCGGACUGGUCCCGAGCGUUUGUCGCAAGCUCCAGGAACUUCGAUGCCUUCUCACAAGCUCUCGCGCCGUGGCAGCCAGUGAGCUGAGCUGACCUCGCUGCGAAGUGCGGGCGGGCGCUCGUGAGACCAGAAGCGACACGUGCGCGGGGAGGCCGGCGAUGUUCGCGACGGCGGCGCGGUGGGCGGCGAAGAAGGGGAAGCCGAAGAUGGCGCCGAUCGAGCUGACGGCGCCGCCGGAGCAGACCCAGUCCAUCUCCCGCGCCAUCUUCGACGUCGUCAGGGAGCACGGCCCGCUCACCAUCUCCGACGUCUGGGAUCAUGUCAAGGAUGUUGGACUGAGGGGCCUGACGAGCAAGAGGCAGAUGAAGAUCAUGCUGCGGUGGAUGAGAGAGCGGCAGAAACUGAGGCUCAUCUGCGACCACGACGGGCCUCACAAGCAGUUCCUCUACACCACCUGGUUCACCAACCCCAAGAACGCGCCGCAGAGGCCCAAGGCGGAGCUCAAAGCCAAAGCAGAGCUCUCCCCUCCCAAGCCGUGAGGAGAUACAUGUCCAGGUUCCCAUCGUCGCAAUGCUCUGCUGUUCUCGGUCCUCACCUGUGUUGAGAAGAUCAACUGAUGCUAAAUAUUGAUGGAAAAUUAAGUUUGUUGUGGUUCUAUUUUUCGUAUGACUAACCUUCCUCGUUAAUCAUGUAAUUGCUGAUAAAUCUGCAGUCUAUCAAGCUGCAUGCUUAAGCUUCGUGCCUUCUCGACUUCUCA